UUGUUCUUGUCACAUGAUCAUCCAUCAUGGCGGCGCCCAUGGGGAUGUGCCUGGGCUUGGGGUUGCACCGGCGUGUGUUGCGCCGAGGGCUUCAGUUGCUGUUCUCCAGGGCAGAGAGUAGCCGCGGGGCGGCCGCUACCGCUACUGGAAGAAAUCGGUUGUACGAGCACGCGCGGAACGGGUGGACUGCGCGGCCGCAGUUGAACUUGGAGGCGCUCAGUGCGCAGCUGGGCCAAGCUGAGCGGGAGCUGGAGAUGCGCAAAGGGCCCCUGCGGCCGCAGGAGCUGCGCGAGAUUGUUAAUAUUUGGCAGAGAUUGGUCAAGGUGCAGGAGGAAAUUGCAAUACUCGAAGAUGAGAAAAAGAAAGUGGCUGAAGAUGUGCAGAAUCUUGUGAAAUGCCAUGACAGUAAUACUUUGCAGUCGCUCCCUGUCUUCAGUGCUUUGCGAAACCAAGGGAGGGAGCUUCGCCUUCGCGUCAAUGCCUUGCGCGACGAGGAGCUGGAGCUGGAUGAGAAAUACUACCUGCGUGCCCUCAAGCUGCCCAACAGGACCCAUCCUGAUGUGCCGAUUGGAGAUGAGAGCCAAGCACAGGUGUUGGAGGUUGUUGGUGAAAAACCAGCAUUUGACUACAAGGUGAAAGGGCAUCUGGAAAUUGGGGAAGACCUGGACAUCAUAAGGCAAAGGCGCUUGUCCCACAUCUCGGGCUACCGGUCGUACUACCUCCGUGGAGCAGGAGCGAUGCUCCAGCAGGCCUUGGUGCAGUUCACUUUCAAGAAGCUGGUACAAAAGGGCUUCAUCCCGAUGACGGUCCCAGAUCUGCUUAAAGGAGCUGUGUUUGAAGGCUGUGGGAUGCUUCCCGAAGCCAACAUCUCCCAGGUGUACAACAUAGACCCUUCUCGCUUUGAAGACCUAAGUCUGGCAGGCACAUCUGAGGUUGGAAUUGCAGGGUACUUCAUGGAUCAUGCAGUGAACCUAAUAGACAUGCCAGUGAGGACAGUGUGUGUCAGCACGUGCUAUAGAGCUGAGACGGAGACUGGCAAGGAGCCAUGGGGACUGUAUCGAGUGCACCAGUUCAGCAAGGUGGAAAUGUUUGGGGUUACUGCCAACGAGACUGGGUUGGAAAGUGGAGCCUUGCUGGAGGAAUUUCUGACUGUGCAGAAGGAGAUCUUCUCUGAGCUGGGGCUACACUACAAAAUUCUAGAUAUGCCCACAGAGGAGUUGGGCCUUCCUGCGUACAGGAAAUUCGACGUUGAGGCCUGGAUGCCAGGUCGGGACAGUUACGGAGAGAUCUCCAGCACCUCUAACUGCACAGACUACCAGAGCCGCCGAUUGAACAUCAUGUACUAUGACCAGGAAGGGCGACUGUCUUAUGCACAUACGGUCAACGGCACAGCCUGCGCCAUCCCCCGGAUGCUUAUUGCCAUUAUAGAAUCCAACCAGCGCAAGGAUGGCAGCGUUUGGGUACCGGAAGCCCUGCAGCCACUGAUGGGUAUGGAGGUCAUCAGCAAGCCCGGCUACACCCCGUUGAAAUACAUUGGCCCAAACCAGCCAAAAAAACGCUGAAUCACCCAGCUACAAAUGCUGGGGCACCUUGGGAAGAGGAUCAAGCAGUCAAGAGAGCCAGAAGGGGAAAGCUGAAUAAGCACUCGACUCGUGAGGAUGCCUUGUCAGUGGGGUAUGGGUUAGGAAGACGGGCUUAGAUGCGAGUGAGGUGACCUUUGCCCCCCAAAUGGACCCUGGGGGCGAGCAGAGAGCUCAUCUCUUCUAUGCAUAGGGCAAGGUGCAGUUGGAAAUAUCAGACAUCCUUCCCAAGGUGAUCUCUGUGGAUCCAGAGCACUCCCAGAAAGCCUGUGUCUUGUGCAAUCCCUGAGACCCACCACGUGAUGAGGGGACGCCUUUUGCUCUUCCCCAGAGAUCUUGCAGUUCUCCAUUCGUUGGAGCGCCUACUCUCGUUGGGACUUGCUCUUUCUCUUACCUCUCUGCUGCAUUUUGUUGGUGGGAAAAGGGAUACACUGCUCAGAGCCGUUGAUGAAGGAGAGAAGACUUUCAUAUAAUAAAGGUCAUUAAUUAGAAUGCCGGUUUGCUUCAAGCAGUGUC